CGUGUGUCCGUCCGUCCGUCCGUCCGUCCGUCCGUCCGUCCGUCCGUCCGUCUGUCCACCGUUUUUUUCGGUAACCGCGGCAACUCUGAGCGUGAAACGUGGACAUAUUAUCAUGUAGGAGGAAUGCAUGGUAAAAUAAGAUUCUGGAGCGGAGAAGCCCGGGGAAGCUGGUGAAACGGACGGCUGCCGAGAUGCUAGAUGCUUUGCGUGUGUGGAGAAGAUUUGCUGGUCUGGCUGUAUUGAUGGUACAGUUGAGUAGGGUCGAGAUUGCCGGUGAAGUGAGAGCAGCACA